AUGACAAUGAUGAUGAAAGUGAAAUAUUUGUUGUUAACGCUAUCCAGUUGCUACAUGGUCCAAGCAGCGUUUGACUCUGCUUCGUUUGUGGCGAACGACGUGGCUUCUGGUACUGCAGCGAGUGAUUUGGUGUCGGUGGAUUUUUACACAUCUCCCGAAGCGCGAUUUGACUACGAUGCGAUUCACGCGUUGCGGCCGUUGGUAUUUCGGUUGCAUUCGACUGCUAUUGAGUUUGAACCGCGCAUGGUGGCGACACGAGGUCACGAUCGAGGCUGCGCUCAAGAAGAUGGUUCUCCGUUGGAAGGAGAGUUACCCGGCGAGUGUGCUCUUCAUUGUCUGGUAAGAGGACGCUACUGCGAUGCCAGUUUGUUGGAGUUGCAAAUGAUCACUCAGCAGAUGAGAGCCAGCGGUAAUCACUUUCUGGAAGAAGGGGUAACCCGACGCUGUAUUUGGAAGGAAUAUGGGGUAAAUGAUCCACAAAAGUAUUUUGGGUAUUUUGAUGGCAUUGCGGCCGAAGGUUGUCAACAGACUCUGUCCAAUUCAUGCCGUGAAUACGGAUAUGUCCAAGAGGGACUCGACAUUGAAACCAUACAAAAAUGCGCUGACUCGGAUGGAGUUCAUUCCGUGGGAGCAAAGCCCAUUCUGGAAGAAGCCAUUGCACAGCCUGUUCCCACGCAAUUGCCCGCUCUUUUCGUUCAAGGAAAACAAGUGACAGGAGGAAAUCUUGAUCCCACGGAAGUUUUGACUGCCGUUUGUGAUGCUUUUGCAACGGAAGAAAGACCCAAAGUCUGUCAAUUCUGUCUCGAGACAUGUCCAUCACUCUCCAAUGGAGAAUCCAAUAUUCAGGAAUGUCUGUGGGAACUCAAAUGUGCCAAUCCAGAACACACCUUUCAGACGUAUCUCGGUUACAUGGCCUCCUCUACACCAGAACUACCAGAACAACCCACAGACAAUGAUGACAACUCCACCACGACUACUACUUCCAGCACUAGCAAUACCCAUGCCAUUGGACCCUUUCCCUCGGAUACUGAAAAAGAAGUCUCUGCCGGUCACAAAGCCGCCAAGGUCGCCGAAGAAGGAUUGGGCAUUGUCGCCAUUUUCAUUCUCUUAUUGUUGGGCGCUGCCGUAAUCAUGGUUAUUACUGCCGCCGUUCGGGUCAAUCGUUCCAAACAAGUCAUUGAUCGAUAUUUACAAGAAAAGGCAGAACUCGAUGCUCACAAUCAUGGAGGAGGAGGCACUGCCGGUACUGCCAAUGGAGGAGGUGUCUAUGGACAUCAUGAUCCCGCCAUGUUUCCCGAUGCCGAUGCCGACAUGGAUCUAGAUGCGGCGUUGUCCUAUGGAGAUGUCAUUGGACAAUCCCAACGAGCGGCAGCAUCUCACACGUCGGCGCCUGCUCAGUCCAAGUUCCUGCCCGAAAUUGCGUAA